CCAGGCUGGCGGGUGUUGGGGGCUGAGCUGCGCCGUCCGCUCUGAGGGUUCGUGGCCAACCGCUCCUUCGCGGUCCCCGCUGCCGUCUACCCUCUGUUCUAGAGAGAAAGAGAGAAGAAGAUGGUGGGCCAGAACAGCGCCAUCGCCGCCCAGGUAUGUGGGGCCCUUUUCAUUGGGUACUGCAUUUACUUCCACCGCAAGGGACAGAGUGACCCCAACUUCAACAACAGGCUUCAAGAACGAAGAAAGAAACAGAAGCUUGCCAAGGAGAGAGCUGGACUUUCCAAGUUACCUGACCUUAAAGAUGUUGAAGCUGUUCAGAAAUUCUUCCUUGAAGAAAUACAGCUUGGUGAAAAGCUACUAGCUCAAGGUGAAUAUGAGAAGGGUGUGGACCAUCUUACAAAUGCAACUGCUGUGUAUGGACAGCCACAGCAGUUACUGCAGGUAUUGCAGCAAACUCUUCCACCACCAGUGUUCCAGAUGCUUCUGACUAAGCCCCUGACAAUUAGUCAGAGAAUUGUAAGUGCUCAGAGCUUGGCUGAAGAUGGUGUGGAAUGAGAAACAUUCAACAUAAUAAAAUAUCAGUU